AAACUCCAAACCGGAAAUCUUUUUUCUUCCGCUUCGAGGGGAUGUUGAGCAGAGUUCAUUGCCAAGUAUGUGUUUGUGAGUCAGAUGAUGGCGAAGAACGCUAAAAUCGUGAUUGUAGGCUGUGGUAUAUCCGGGGUAGCAGCGGCACAUAGACUUAUUAAAGCUGGAUAUCAACAUGUGAGGAUUCUCGAAGCUACUGGAAGAGCCGGGGGAAGAAUCAAAACAGGAAGACUGGGUGAUAAUGUCGUUGAGAUCGGAGCAAACUGGAUUCAUGGACCGUCCGAGGAAAACCCAGUGUUCUGUCUGGCCCGACAGUACGGCCUUCUGGAUCCAGAAGCGCUCACCUCCGAGAACCAGUCCGUAGACAUUGGAGGACAUCCGCUCUGGGUUCCCAAUGUCUUCGUCAGUUCAGGCCGGAAGCUGAAUCCAGAAGACGUGUCUCCGGCUCUGGAAAUAUUUGCAGAUUUGCUAAAUGAAGGCUCUGAAUUUCAGAACCAAAAGGGAGAGCCGUUUGCCAGUGUGGGAGAGUUCAUACGAUCAGAGGUGAAGAAGCGAACUGCAGAGAACUGGAAGGAUGUGGAUCCAGCUGUCAGAUCUCUGCGACUGUGUGCCAUCAGCAACAUGUUGAAGGUGGAGUGCUGCGUUAAUGGAACCCACAGCAUGGAUGACGUGGGUCUGGGAGCCUUUGGGCAGUAUAAGACUCUUCCUGGACUGGACUGUACAUUCCCAGGUGGUUUUGAAGGACUCGUCAAAAAGCUGAUGUCAGAACUCCCUGAUGAUGUGGUGACGUAUAAUCGUCCUGUGCGGUGUGUCCACUGGAACGACACAGAGCGCGGAGAAAACCAGGUCGCUGUUGAGUGUCGUGAUGGAGAAAAGAUGCUCGCUGAUCACGUUAUUGUCACUGUCCCUCUAGGAUAUUUGAAAAAGGAGUGUUCCAGUCUUUUCCAACCACCCCUCCCUCUGCACAAGCUGCACUCCAUCCAGAGGCUUGGGUUUGGAACGAACAACAAAAUAUUUGUGGAGUUUGAUGAGCCGUGGUGGGAUGCUGACUGCGAGGUCAUCUAUCUGCUGUGGGAAGACGAGGAAGCCGUGAUGGAUCAAGUCUCAGAUGUGCAGAAGUCCUGGAUAAAGAAACUGUUUGGGUUCACUGUUCUGAAACCCACUGAAAGGUACGGCCAUGUUUUGUGUGGCUGGAUUGCAGGACACGAGUCGGAACACAUGGAAACACUGUCGGAGCAGGAGGUUGCUGAUGCCGUCACACAGCUGAUCCGCAGGUUUACAGGGAAUCCUGUCAUCACUCCACGGAGAGUUCUGCGUUCUCAAUGGUUUUCCGACCCCUGGACCUGUGGAUCUUACAGCUACCUCAGAAAAGGCUGCUCUGAGCAGGACCUGGACAACAUGAUGGAGCCACUCCCACCAAGAGGAUCAAAAUCCCAACCGCUGCAGGUUUUGUUUGCUGGAGAGGCGACUCAUCCAUGUUUCUUCUCUACCGUCCAUGGAGCUCUUCUGACGGGAAGAAGAGAAGCUGAUAGACUCAUCUCCCACUACUCCUCCACUAGUCCAUUGGAAGUUCCCAAGUCCAAGCUUUGAAGAAAUGACCUUCUAACAUAUGACCAUAACAUGUAAUCACAUUUUCUUUGGAUUUAUCUAAGAUCAAUAUCACAAAUAAACUACACAAUAAAAUACACAAUCUUUCAAAAUA